AUGUCGGACGUUGCUCAUCUCAAGUCUCUUUUCCGCUUCUACGACGACUACCCUAAAAAGGGCAUUCGGUUCUGUGACAUCCUCCCUGUCCUCCGGGAUCCUCUCGCGUUCGAGCUGCUGAUCACCAACAUUGUCUCGCACGUGUUCACGCACACCAUCCCUACCCUCUCCGAUUCUUCUCCCGUCCCUGCAACACCGCUGGAACCCGGUGCGGUGUCGUACGGCAACCGCAAGAUCGAUGCAGUCGUCGGUCUGGACGCGCGCGGCUUCCUCCUCGGCCCCAUCCUCGCCCAGCGUCUCGGCUGCGGUUUCGUUCCCGUUCGCAAGGUCGGCAAGCUCCCCGGCGCCUGCGUGCAAGCGAGCUACAUGAAGGAGUACGGAGAAGACGUGUUUGAGAUGCAACAGGACGCAUUGGCCCCCGGAUCAAGGGUGUUGGUCAUCGAUGAUCUCAUUGCGACCGGUGGAAGCGCCAAGGCGGCUGGAGAGCUCGUCAAGAAGUGCGGAAGCCAGGUCGUCGAGUACGUAUUUGUGGUGGCGAUUCCCUUCUUGAAGGGCGCGGAUCAGUUGGAUGCUCCUUCGUACCACCUUGUCGAGGUCGACUAG